UAAAGAUUAUCUACUGCAAAAUAUGGUAGCAUCUGGGCGUUUCUUAACUAUGCGGAUGCUUUCGCUCUUUUUACUCUCGUUUUUUCAUCUUAGAGCUUGUCACUCUUCUCCCUCCAUGCAGCCGCUAUGCCAUGAUGAGGAGAGUCAUGCCUUGAUGCAGUUCAAGGAAAGCCUUGUCAUUCAUAGGUCCGCUUCUUAUGAUCCUGCUGCUUAUCCCAAGGUUGCAUCAUGGAACGUUGAUAGAGAAAGCGGUGAUUGCUGCUCUUGGGAUGGUGUUGACUGCGAUGGGGACUCUGGUCAUGUGAUCGGCCUUGACCUCAGUAGCAGCUGCCUUUAUGGCUCCAUCGACUCUAAUAGCAGCCUCUUCCACCUUGUUUGGCUCAGAAGGCUUGAUCUUGCAGACAACGACUUCAACAACUCCAAAAUCCCUUCUGAGAUUCGAAAUCUCUCAAGGCUGUUUGAUCUAAAUCUCUCAAUGUCUGGCUUUUCUGGUCAGAUUCCAGCUGAGAUCUUAGAGCUUUCCAAGUUGGUUUUCCUUGAUCUGGGAGCAAAUCCUUUGAAGCUCCAAAAGCCUGGUCUGCAACAUUUAGUUGAAGUAUUAACCAAGUUGGAGGUACUCCAUCUCAGUGGAGUGAGCAUAUCAGCCAAGGUACCUCAAAUCAUGGCAAACCUAUCCUCUCUGUCAUCUCUAUUUCUAAGAGAUUGUGGAUUGCAAGGAGAGUUCCCCAUGGAAAUAUUCCAAUUACCCAACCUUCGCUUUCUCAGUACCCGGUAUAAUCCAUAUCUCACUGGAUAUUUGCCGGAAUUUCAGUCGGGCAACCAACUUGAAUUAUUGUUGCUCGCAGGAACAAGUUUCUCCAGUCAUGUACCGGAAUCCAUUGGUAACCUCAAAUCAUUGAAAGAAUUUGACGUGGCUGGAUGUUAUUUUUCAGGGGUGAUACCAUCUUCACUUGGUAAUGCUACAAAACUGAACUAUCUACGCCUUUCUUAUAACUUUUUCUCUGGGAAAAUCCCUCCUUCUUUGGUCAACCUAAUUCAACUUACUUACCUGUCGCUUUCUUCCAACAAUUUCAGAUCUGUUACCUUAGAUUGGCUUGGUAAUCUAACCAAUCUCAAUUAUGUAGACUUGCAAGACACCAAUUCAUAUGGUAACAUUCCAUCCUCUCUUAGAAACUUGACUCAGCUCACCGUCUUCAAGCUUCAUGGAAAUAAAUUAACUGGUCAAAUUCCAUCUUGGAUAGGAAACCGUACCCAAUUAAUCUCACUACACCUUGGUGACAACAAACUGCACGGUCCGAUUCCUGAGUCUAUUUAUAGGCUUCAAAAUCUUGAACAACUUGACCUAGAAUCUAAUUUCUUUAGUGGUACUUUGGAAUUGAACCUUCUUCUUAAGUUCAGAAACCUUGUUUCACUCCAGUUAUCAGAUAAGAAUCUGUCUCUGCUAAAUAGCAACAAUGCUACCAUUCCUCAGCCAAAACUUGAACUCUUGAUAUUGAAUGGAUGUAAUCUAGGUGAAUUUCCCAGUUUCUUGCGUGAUCAGAACCAUCUGGAGAUUUUAGAACUUGAAGAUAACGAACUUGUGGGACACAUACCCAAAUGGUUUGUGAACAUGAGUACCAUAACCCUCGAGCAUCUAUCUCUGGCUGGCAACCUUCUGACAGGUUUUGAGCAAUCCUUCGACGUUCUUCCAUGGAAUAAUCUACGCUCACUAGAUCUUUCUCGGAACAAGUUCCAAGGAUCCCUUCCAAUUCCACCACCAGCAAUCUAUGAAUAUGAUGUGUUGAACAACGAAUUAAAUGGAGAAAUCCCUGAAGGUAUUUGCAAUCUGUCUUCGCUUUCUGUCCUUGAAUUGUCAAAUAACAAUUUGAGCGGCAAACUUCCUCAAUGCUUGGGCAAUAAAGGCAGCACUGCUACAGUUCUGAAUCUCCGCAACAAUAGUUUCAGUGGUGAUAUACCUGAGACAUUCACAAGUGGCUGCUCAUUGAGGGUCGUUGAUUUCAGUCAAAACAAACUGGAGGGGAAGAUACCAAAAUCAUUAGCCAAGUGCACCAAGCUAGAGAUUCUCAAUCUUGAACAAAAUAGGAUAAAUGAUGUCUUUCCUACUUGGUUGGGUAUUCUUCCUGAUUUGAAGGUUAUGAUUUUGAGAUCUAAUGGGUUCUAUGGAGUGAUUGGGAAUCCAAAAACCAAUAUUGAAUUUCCUAGGUUACAGAUUGUUGACCUCUCCAACAACAGUUUUAAGGGUAAGUUGCCACUUGAAUAUUUCCGAAAUCGGACUGCCAUGAAAAAUGUCCGUAAUUAUAAGCACUUGAUUUACAUGCAAGCAGACACAAGUUUCAAAACACCGCAUGGUACAAUGAACAGACGGUAUGAGUACUCAAUGACAAUGACAAACAAAGGUGUGAUGAGACUAUAUGAGAAGAUCCAAGAAAGUCUCACUGCUAUCGAUCUCUCAUGCAAUGGUUUUGAAGGAGGAAUUCCAGAGGUCCUCGGAGAUCUCAAAGCACUUCAUUUGCUCAAUCUCUCCAACAACUUUCUCACUGGUCGCAUCCCUCCAUCCUUGUCCAACUUGAAAGAGCUUGAAGCUUUGGACCUUUCUCAGAACAAACUCUCAGGAGAGAUUCCUGUCCAACUUGCACAGCUCACCUUCCUCGCGGUCUUUAAUGUGUCUCACAAUCUUCUAUCAGGUCCAAUACCAAGAGGAAACCAAUUCGAGACAUUUGACAGCACCUCAUUUGAUGCGAAUUCAGGAUUGUGUGGAAAGCCUUUAUCAAAAAAAUGUGGAAAUGGUGAGGACUCGUUGCCAGCACCUAAAGAAGAUGAAGGCUCGGGAUCUCCACUUGAAUUUGGUUGGAAGGUGGUGGUGAUAGGUUAUGCAAGUGGAUUGGUAACAGGAGCCAUUCUUGGAUGCGUUAUGAACACAAGGAAGUAUGAAUGGCUAGUGAAGAAUUACUUUGUGAGUUGGCAACACGAAGGUCAAUAUUUGAAGACUCGCCUGCGUAGAAGUUGAUUUUUAAUUAUUAAGAUGUUUUCCAGUUUGUUGUAUUAUCUCGUAUUCUCGUAUUUCCUCUUCCUUCUCUUUUUCUUUUUUUUUCCCCCUUAAUUUUCACUUGUAAGGUUAAGAGUGAAUUUCUCUUGGAUGGUCCAUGUAACGUGCUAAAAAUAUCAUGAUGAUGUCUUUCGAGUAAUUAGUAAUGUAACAUAUAGUAUGUUGAA